CGGUUAGCUUCACGAAUAAGUCUCCCCGAGGAGCAUCGCGACACGACCCCGCAUCAGUGUAGCGCUUUUUGCUGCAGUUUUGGUCCAGUGGCAGUGGGGAGGGUAUCCGUGCCUACAGCCGAGCAGCGCUGCGAUUGGGCUUGCGGAAGGAUAUAUUGUACAGGACCUGCAGCACCGGUUUUCGAAUUUUCUUUAAUUACCAAGGAACAAGAUUCUCACUUGAACGAAAAAUGAUAUCGAAUAGUGAUGGUUAGUGUUUCUGAAAAUUGGAUGCAGUAUCGCGAGUGAGUGGCAGUGUUUAAAGAAGUGCAAAACUUUGAAGAAAACCGAAAGAAAGAAAUAGGAAAUGGAUGUAUUUUCAUAAUCAACAGCCACAUUCUCUCACAAGGUGCGAGGCGGUGACCUAUGCAUGAUUCAGAACAACUGUCGGUUUCGCCAACGAGGAAAAGUUUCCGGAAAAACGGUCACCAUCGCCGAGUGAGAGAAGAAUGCAAAUUGCCCCUGCUGGUUCCGGAUGAGCACGACCCGGAAAGUAGCGUCAGCACUCGUUUUCACCGGAAUUUGAUCGACCGCAAAAUUGAUCCGGAUCGUUGGCUUCCUUCGUUUGUCAACUGCUGCCGGGGAAGAUGAGUGACAAGCUGGCGGCUGGCGGUCGGUACAACCGCAUCAGUCCGUCGUCGGGCCGUGGUUCGAUUAUUGCCUACUCUCCGCUGCCCAUAUCCGAACAGGAUAGCCUCAAGGCGGCACCGGGAAACAACUGCCUGGCCAUUCCGCUGUCCGCCAUCCAGACCGACAACAACCAAAACCACCAGAAAGCGAUGCCACCGAUGAUGCCCCCGCUGGGAUUGAUCGGCGGAGGUGGCAAGGGAGCCAUGAUCGGCACCGGGCCCAACGGCCACUACGGGCACGCGAACCAUACCGAUGGGACCACUGUGGGACACAAACAUGCCGGUCAGAGUCAUAACAAUCAUAACAGCAACGUCAGCUUUGGCGGCCAGCCGGGCAGCGGUGGUUUUGUCAGUUCCCGAAGUGAACCGAUCUCGCUGGCCACCCUCGACAAGGACUGCUUCAUCAUCCCGGUGCAUAGUUUAGAUCGGUUUCUGCCGGCCGGAAUUCCCCUUCCCACCCCAGAAACGACAGACCCAUCCCAGUCCGGACCGCUCAGCGUGCUCGAGGUUUCGGACCCGAAAAUUUGCAUUCUGGCACACCUUAUGAGCCCACUGGAACCAAUCGACCCACUGCUGGAAUCCCCCCUGGCGCACCCGCUAACGAAGCAGCGGGCAGUCGCUUCGGAGUUGCUGAAUGAGGUGCAGCAGGGCAACAAUGCCGUCGGCGGGAUGCUGCUGGCCAAUAUGGAGCGAAGCUCGGCCGAAUUCCCCUUCAUUGCGUACUAUGUGAUAAACACCACCCAAACGGAUCCAACGAUGUUCUACACCGGCGUCCGGGGGGCAUCCCUGUCCAAGUUCGAACCGAAAAACACCCGCUACACGGCGGCUCACACACUGGACCUCUACAGCGAAGUGGCUUCCAUCUGCCGGCCCCCGCUGGCGUUGGCCCCGAACGAAAUCGGUAGCGUCAAGAAGGGCCAAACACCAACGACCGGCUACAUUAUCAGCGUGUACAAGGUCUACGAAGGCGACGACGGCGAACGGUUCGAACGGAAUUGGCUCUACUGGACCGGUGCCAGGAUGAUUUACAGAUAUUUGCCAAAAACGGCCGGCUUGCGAAGGAUCACCCUACACAAGAGCGUAUCGUCCCGUGGGGACAAGAUGUAUCUGCUGAUUUGCGAGUGUGCCGAUCUGUUGAAAGACCUCUCGGCAGCCGCCCUGCUGAUACCGGCUCUUCGCGCCCGCCUGUGCGGAUACACCGGUCUCUACCGGCCCAUACAGACCUUCUAGGACCAGUGAA